AUCUCAACCAAUAAGAUAUCAAAAUCUCUAAUUGUGUGUUUUCAGCUUGAAUGUAUGUUCUAUACAUAUCAAUCUAGGAUCUUGUAAUUGGGUUUUUAUUUUCUCAAACUUUCAUACACUCUCAACACAAUAAAAAAAGGCCCAUUUCUUUUUUCUCUAAAUUUCUUGUUUUUUGUUUCCCAAAAACACUAAAUUUUGAAUCUUUUCAUGAAUUAUUAACUUUAGUCUCAAGAAUUUGUUUUUGAGGGGGCAUUCUUGAUUCUUGAGGUGAAAAUGUGGAUCUUGUGGGAACCCUAAAUUGGGGUUUUUGAUCUAGAAAAAAGGGAUUUAAUUUUGACUUUCUGAAAAGAUUUAAAGCCACCAAUUAGGCUUUUUUUUUUCCUGUUAGCAAGUAAAGGUUGACUUUUUUCUAGAAACCAUUUGGGUACUAUUUAAUUAGAACAAAUUCAAGAAUUGUUCAACAAAAAGGUACUGUUUACUUUUCGCAACAUGGGUUCGUUUUGCACCAAGCUCAUUCCAUGUCUAGUUUCACCAAACAAAUCAUCGAUACUUGAAGAUCCGAAUGGUGGGAAUGAAGAGGAAGCUGGUAACUUGCCUGCAUUCAAAGAAUUUUCUUUUGAGCAACUUAAAAAUGCAACAUCGGGUUUUGCUGUCGAAAACAUUGUAUCUGAACAUGGUGAGAAGGCUCCAAAUGUUGUCUAUAAAGGGAAACUCGAGAAUCAAGUGAGGAUAGCAGUUAAACGUUUUAACCGUUCAGCUUGGCCUGAUUCCCGACAAUUUUUGGAAGAAGCAAAAUCUGUUGGACAACUCCGUAAUGUCAGGCUGGCUAAUCUUCUUGGUUGCUGUUGUGAACACGAUGAACGGCUACUUGUGGCUGAGUAUUUGCCAAAUAACACACUAGCAAAACAUCUUUUUCACUGGGAGUCACAGCCAAUGAAAUGGGCAAUGAGGUUACGUGUGGUCUUGCAUUUAGCCGAAGCUCUUGAAUAUUGUACAAGUAAAGGUCGUGCUCUUUAUCACGAUCUCAAUGCUUAUAGAGUUUUGUUUGAUGAGGAAGGUAAUCCUAGACUUUCAUGUUUUGGCUUGAUGAAGAAUAGUCGGGAUGGAAAAAGCUAUAGCACGAACCUUGCUUUUACUCCUCCCGAGUAUUUGAGAACUGGACGAGUGACCCCAGAAAGUGUGAUAUAUAGCUUUGGGACUCUUUUGCUUGACCUUCUUAGUGGAAAACACAUUCCUCCAAGCCAUGCUCUUGACCUUAUAAGGGAUCGUAAUCUUCAAAUGCUUACGGAUUCAUGUUUGGAAGGACAAUUUUCUAAUGAUGAUGGAACCGAGUUGGUACGUUUGGCUUCCCGUUGUUUGCAAUAUGAACCCCGAGAACGCCCAAAUCCAAAGUCACUGGUAGCUUCCUUGACUGUUCUUCAAAAGGAAACCGAGGUACCUUCGUAUGUCUUGAUGGGAAUCCCGGCCUCAAGUUCAUUUUCGCCUCGAUCCCCACUUGGUGAAGCUUGCUUGAGAAUGGAUCUGACUGCAAUACAUGAAAUUUUAGAAACAGUUUCAUAUAAAGAUGAUGAAGGGCAAACAAAUGAGCUCUCAUUUCAAAUGUGGACCGAUCAAAUGCAAGAGUCAUUAAAUUCAAAGAAAAAGGGUGAUAUGGCAUUCCGGCACAAGGAGUUCAAGGAUGCAAUAGAGUGCUAUUCUCAGUUCAUUGAGCAUGGACCAAUGGUGUCACCAACUGUAUAUGCUCGACGUAGUCUAUCUUACCUCAUGAAUGACAUGCCUCAAGAAGCAUUGAAUGAUGCAAUGCAGGCUCAAGUGGUGUCACCCGUAUGGCAUAUAGCUUCCUAUCUACAAGCUGCCUCACUUUUCGCCCUUAAAAUGGAAAACGAAGCACAUAUGGCACUCAAAGAGGCUGCAACCCUUGAAGCCAAGAGAGCCACAGCCACCACCAAUGGUCAAUGAUCAACUUGUCAAUAUCUUUUGGUAGUAAAUCUCCAUGGUCUCUCGUUGACUUAAUGUUAAAAUUCGACUGAAUGCUUGGACACAGUGAUGAUCACAGAGUGGAAAGUUUACCCUCUUUUUUGUGUCAUUUUCGGCUUUUAAUUUUUUCAUAUGUUAUUAGUAAUUUAUGGUUCUGAGAAGAUUGAAAUAGAAAAAGUUGCAUUCUUUUUUGUUGAACAUUUGAAUGUAAAGCAAGAACCCAGUUAGCUUUAGUUUGUGUAUAAAAAGUUAUGGCUUUUGUUUCGGUUUA